CAGAGAGAUGGCCAGCAGGUCCGAGGGCCAACACUUGGCUUCGUCGCAGUUUGACAUUUGCCGAGCAAGACACCAUGGCGUUCCUGCGCACGCUUCUUCUCUGCCUCGCGAUUGCAGCGACGAGCAUGGCAUCGGAAUGCGUCGACGCCGACUUGACCGCGAUCAACGCCAGCGCCUCGGGCUGCUCGAGCUUCAACAUGACGACGUCGACCAACAGCUCGAACUUUGGUGCGUGGGAUGUGUGCGCGACAGCGGCGUGCCAGAACCUCCUCACGCUCUACCGCAACUUGAACUGCACUGUGAACGGCCUCUCGGGCAGCGACAUCGCUUUGAUCACGUGUCCGGAUACGAUUCUUCGCCCGCGCUACCGCCACCAUCACGACGAUCAUGGUUGGGGCGAUGACGACGACGACGACGAAAGCAGCUCGGUGUGGAACACAAUCGUUCCGAUCGUAUUUGUCCUGUGUGUGGUCGCUGUCGGCAUCUUUGUUUACAAACGCCAUGGCCAGCAGAUUCGCCAACGUCUCGGGUGGACGCCCAACCAUUCGAACUCGUACUUUGCCGCUGCGACCGCCGCCGACGCCGACGUCUCAAACAUCAAGUUUGCGGUGGCGAGUCAUGGCACCGCUGUCCUUGUGCCAACAGUGCAACUCCAGGGCAUCCAAAAAGAUGCGCCGGCCGCCGUGCCACCCUCUUCCGUAUAAUCUCGAAUACGAUCUUAUAACUCAUCCACGCAUUGGAUUUGUCGGAAAUCGCUAGCAAGGGUAUUCCCCCUUGUCGCUAGCCAGCUACGUAGCUAGCUAGCUCGAUCGAUGGGUCGAUGAAUGCGGACACCAACACAUCCGUUUUGAAAUAAACUUGGGGUUUAACCUCGAUCGAUCUCUAA